AUGCCCACGGUGAGCAACACGGUGAACAUCAGCCCGGACGGGCAGUACAUCGUCGCGACGGGCAUCUACAAGCCCCGGGUGCGCUGCUACGACGUGAACCAGCUGGCGCUGAAGUUCGAGCGCGGCCUCGACGCGCAGGUGGUGAAGUGCAUCAUCCUCUCGGAGGACUACUCGAAGCUGCUCUUCCUCGAGGAGGAGCGCUACGUGGAGCUGCACUCGCAGUUCGGCUUCUACUACAAGACCCGCAUCCCUCGCUUCGGCCGCGACAUGGCCUACAACGCCGUCACCUGCGACGCCCUCUUCGUCGGCGCCGGCCCGGAGAUCUUCCGCCUCAACCUCGAGGUGGGCACCUACCUGAAGCCCUUUGAAACCGGGGCCGUGGCCGGGCUGAACGCCGUCGCCCUCAACCCGGUGCACAACCUCCUGGUGACCGGCUCGCAGGAGGGCCUCGUCGAGGCGUGGGACACGCGGGCCCGGGAGCGGGUGGCCACCCUGGACUGCGCCUACGACGUCGUCCGGACGGAGGUCAAUUUGGCCUCGAAGCGAAUUCCCGCCGUGAGCACCAUCGCCUUCCGCGACGACGGCCUGACGAUGGGCGUCGGCACCAGCGGCGGCCAGAUUCUCCUCUACGACAUUCGCGCCAACCGUCCUCACCUCACCAAGGACCACAUGUUCGGCCUGCCCAUCAAAUCGAUCGCCUACCUCGACGGCCCCCUCAACCUCGUGGCCUCGCUCGACUCGAAGAUCGUCAAGUUUUGGAACCGCCACACUGGCGCCCCCUACACGGCCAUCCAGGCGGACCGCGACCUGAACGGCCUCGCCGCCUACCCUAACUCAGGAAUGUUCUUCCUGGCGAAUGAAUCGGAGAAGCUGCUCUCCUACUACAUUCCCUCGAUUGGACCCGCCCCCCGCUGGUGCUCCUUCCUCGACCGCAUCACCGAGGAGCUGGAGGAGUCGACGGAGAAUGACGCCCUCUACGACGACUACAAGUUCGUCACCGAGGCGGAGCUGGCGGAGAUUGGCCUCUCCGAUCUGAUUGGCACUAACCUCCUUCGAGCCUACAUGCACGGCUACUUCAUGGACAUGCGGCUGUACCGGAAGGCGAGGGACGCCUCGCAGCCGUUCGCCUACGAGGAGUACCGGAAGGCGAAGAUCAGGGAGCGGUUGGAGGCGGAACGGGUGGACCGAGUCAGCGUCCAGGACCGCCUGCCGAAGGUCAAUCGGGCCCUCGCAGAGAGGCUGCUGCUCGACGAGGAGGCGAAUGCCACUUCGAAGAAGUCGAAGAGCAAGAAGUUUGUGCCCAAUCCGCUCAAGGACGAGCGCUUCGCCACCAUCUUCACCAAUCCGGACUUUCAGGUGGAUGAACUUAGUGAGGAGUUUCGCCUGCUCAAUCCGGUCCUCUCGAGGAUGUCCAGACCAGAAAAAGCUGAUGAUGGAGCAAAGCCCCUCUACGCGGACGUCUUUGGGAAAGGAGAGGGCGAGGGAGAGAUCAGCAGCGACUCGAGCGAGGACUCCGAUGAUGAUCUGUUUUCUGGUGGUGGUGGUCGUGCUGGUGCUGCUGCAGCUGCUGAAGACAGUGAAGAGGAGUUUAGUGAUGAUGAUGAUGAAGAGGAAGAUGAAAAUGAAGACGCUGAUCUCGAGGACACCAGGACUGACCGAAAACAACAGCAACAGCAAAAACAACAACAAAGACAGCAGCCGGCAAAACAACAACAACAACAACAGCCACAACCGACCAAAAAGCCAACUGAAUCGCCUCCAACCUCUCAAAUCACCACCAAAGUGUACCGAAUGAAGAGCGACACUGCGUACAACGGCCUGCCCGCAACUGCCCAGCAGGACUCCAAAGGAAAACAGAGACGAGUGGUGAACACUGCCAAGCAGACCUUUGAGCAGCGGCUGCGAAGCAGUGAACAACAACAACAACAAUCUUCAGGUGGAUCGGGAGAAUCCGCCCGACUGCUGCACGGCGGCAUCGGCGGCAAUCGAGUGAUGACCUUCACGCCCAGCUCCAGCGGACGGGAACGGGAGGCAGAG